AUGCAUCAUGCCUCGCGCUCCCGCCCUGCUCCCUUCGCUUGCCCGGCCCUCACCCUCAUGCCUCGCUCCCUGAUGCCUCGCUUGCCCCGGCCCUCACCCUCAUGCCUCGCUCAUGCCUCGCUUGCCCGCGGCCCUCACCCUCAUGCCUCGCUCCCUGAUGCUCGCUUGCCCCGGCCCUCACCCUCAUGCCUCGCUCCUAUGCUCGCUUGCCCGGCCCUCACCCUCAUGCCUCGCUCCCCCUGCUUGCCUCGCUUGCCCUCGAUGCCUCGCACCCUCACCUCAUGCCUCGCUUGCCCCGGCCCUCACCCUCAUGCUCGCUCCCUGUGCCUCGCUGCCCGCUCACCCUCAUGCUCGAUGCUCGCUUGCCCCGGCCCUCACCUCAUGCCUCGCUCCCUGACUGCCUCGGCCCCGCUCCUCACACCUCAUGCCUCGCUCCCUCCGCCCGGCCCUCACCCUCAUGCCUCGCUCCCUGAUGCCUCGCUUGCCCCGGCCCUCAACCCUCAUGCCUCGCUCCUGAUGCCCGCUUGCCCGGCCCUUCAUGCCUCCUCAUGCCUCGCUUGCCCUUCACCCUCAUGCCUCGCUCCCUGA